AUGACAACAGAGACAGGCCCUGGUUCGGAGGUGAAGAACGAGCAGGAGGAGGCUCCGCAGCAGCAGCUGGACGCGGCUACACAAGCCCCCAGGGCCGCCCGCCCCGCCGGCCGGGGCCCUGAGAGCAGUGAGAGGGCCGCCGCACAGAGUGCAGCAGGGGAAAGGAUGUGCCACCUCGGCCUGCUGCCCAUUGCCACAUCCUACACAGAGGCUGGUACAGAGAUGGAGGAGAAGGACUACAGUGAGACAGAUGGGAUCUCUGACAAAACAACCCCCAGCAAGACCCAGAAGUCACCCCAGAAAACCACCAAGAAAGUGAAGAGUGCCCUUUGCAGAGUGACUCUGCUCGAUGCCUCUGAGUACGAGUGCGAGGUGGUGAAACAUGCCCGAGGUCAGGUCCUCUUUGACAUGGUGUGUGAGCACCUCAACCUCCUGGAGAAGGACUAUUUCGGCCUCACCUUCUGUGACUCAGACAGCCAGAAGAACUGGCUGGACCCCUCCAAGGAGAUCAAGAAGCAGAUCCGCAGUGGGCCCUGGAACUUUGCAUUCACUGUGAAGUUUUACCCUCCAGACCCUGCCCAGCUCACAGAGGACAUCACAAGAUACUACCUGUGCCUGCAGCUCCGUGCAGACAUCAUCACGGGGCGUCUGCCCUGCUCGUUUGUCACACAUGCCCUGCUGGGCUCCUACACAGUGCAGGCUGAGCUGGGUGACUAUGAUGCCGAGGAGCAUGUGGGCAACUACAUCAGUGAGCUGCGCUUUGCCCCCAACCAGACACGGGAGCUGGAGGAGCGCAUCAUGGAGCUGCACAAGACCUACCGAGGAAUGACCCCCGGAGAAGCAGAGAUCCACUUUCUGGAGAACGCCAAGAAGCUCUCCAUGUAUGGGGUGGACCUGCACCAUGCCAAGGACUCAGAGGGCAUUGACAUCAUGCUGGGCGUCUGCGCCAAUGGCCUCCUCAUCUACAGGGACCGGCUGAGGAUCAACCGUUUCGCCUGGCCCAAGAUCCUCAAAAUUUCAUACAAGAGGAGCAACUUCUACAUCAAGAUCCGCCCAGGUGAGUAUGAGCAGUUUGAGAGCACCAUUGGCUUCAAGCUACCAAACCACCGCUCUGCCAAGCGUCUCUGGAAGGUCUGCAUAGAGCAUCACACCUUCUUCAGGCUGGUGUCCCCAGAGCCACCCCCUAAGGGCUUCCUGGUGAUGGGUUCCAAGUUCCGCUACAGUGGGCGGACGCAGGCACAGACACGCCAGGCCAGCGCCCUCAUCGACCGCCCAGCCCCCUUCUUCGAGCGCUCCUCCAGCAAGCGGUACACCAUGUCCCGCAGCCUGGAUGGAGAGUUCUCGCGCCCAGCCUCUGUCAGUGAGAACCACGAUGCCGGGGCCGAGGGUGAGAAGCAGGAUGAGGAUGGUGAGUUUGGCAGCAGGAGACGGUCUGAAACGGAGGACGAGGAGGUGACCACCCCGACGAAAAUCAAGGAGCUGAAGCCGGAGCAUGAAACAACCCCCAGGCACAAGCAGGAGUUUUUAGACAAGCCCGAAGAUGUUUUGCUAAAGCAUCAGGCCAGCAUCAAUGAGCUGAAACGGACCCUGAAGGAGCCCAACAGCAAGCUGGUUCACAGGGAACGGGACAGGAGGCUGCCUUCCUCACCAGCCUCCUCCUCACCCAAGCACGAGGAUGAAACACCAAAAGGAACCCCAGAAAAGGCCAGCGAGAGAGCAGGCUUGAGGGAGGGAGCUGAGGAGAAAUCUAAGCCACCUCGGCACAGGGCUCCUGAGAGUGACACCGGUGAUGAGGAGCAGGACCAGGAGAAGGACUCAGUCUUUCUGAAGGACAACCACCUGGCUAUCGAACGCAAAUGCUCCAGCAUCACAGUCAGUUCAACCUCCAGCCUGGAAGCAGAGGUAGACUUCACAGUGAUUGGUGACUUCCAUGGCACAGCCUUUGAGGACCUCUCCCGGAGCCUGCCUGAGCUGGACAAGGACAAGAGUGAAAUGGAAGAUGAAGGCCUGGUUUCCUUCCAGCAUACUGGCAAAGUAGUUGCUGGAUUGGAAGAAGAUGUCAAGGGCGGGGAGAAGGUCUCCCAGCCCAGCCCAGAUGUCUCCCAGCUAGAGUUAUCAGGCCCGAAAACAGAUGCUGUGACCAAAACGGAUGCUGUGACCGUUAGGUUGGGGCCAGGCAUGAAGAAACCUGAAGCAGAUGGCUCCACUCCCCACCAGGCUGGCACCACAGGCACAGUCCAGGUUGAUGGAGGCAGCCCGGGCAGCAGGGACGCUACAGCCACAGCUCACACUGGCACUGCAGAGACAGCACAGGUGACCUCAGAUCACAGCACCAAGGCUGGGAAAGGGGCCAUUCCCACCACAGACCUUCGCUCCCUCUCACCGAUAACCAGCAGCUCUGCUGGGAAAGAAAUGCUCACCAGCAUCUUCAGUGCCACUGCAGAAACCCUCUCGACUUCCACCACUACCCACGUUACCAAGACUGUGAAAGGAGGGUUUUCAGAGACCCGGAUAGAGAAGCGCAUCAUUAUCACAGGGGAUGAAGACGUGGACCAGGACCAGGCACUGGCUUUAGCAAUCAAAGAGGCAAAACUACAGCAUCCCGAUAUGCUGGUAACCAAAGCUGUGGUAUACAGAGAAACAGAACCUUCUCCAGAGGAAAGAGACAAGAAACCUCAGGUAGGUGGAGAAGUGACCAGACCUGAUUUAUCUGUGCUGCAGAAGGGGUGGAUGUAA